UCAUUCUUCCCCCGGGCUCCGAGGUGACUUGCUGUGUACUCGGAGGCUAGCUGCUUCUCUCCAGGGUGCGGAUCGGUUUCCCCAAUCCGAAGUUAAGUUUGCUUGUGUUGGGGGGAGGGUACACCUGUGGAGGUCAGACUGUGCGGGAGCCUGCGUGUGGAUUUUCGUUUGGCAAGCUUUUACCCUCCGAGCUGUUUCUCUGGCCCUUCCCCAGCUUUUAAAGGGGUGUGUGUGUGUGUGCGUGUGUGUAGCUGCGUGUGUCACUAUAGUCAUUAUAGCAGGGAGGAUUAGGGAUCAAAUUCCAGAUGCUGCUUCCCCAUAAGUUAGCCUCACCAUCGCCUCUCCUGGAAGGUAGAUAGAGGGAUGUUAUUGAUCCAAACGAUGGCCCAGGUGCCACCGUGUUGAGAUAAAGGUCCCUGCGGGAUGGGGAUGCUCAGUACUGCCUCCACUCCUUCCCUCAAAGACCCAGCCACCAAUGAGACUAGGUUCGCAAGCAAAGCCGCCGCCUCCUGAUGCUCAGGUCGCUUAGCAACGAAGGGCCGGCCAGGAAGGAGCUGUGCUAACCCUCCACAGGCAGGCCGGGUGCACGACGCCAGCUCCCUUCUUGGGGGGCGGCGGCCUGGGGGCUACGAUGGCCCCCAACCACCUGUCAGUGCGGGAGAUGAGGGAAGACGAGAAGCCCCUGGUGCUGGAGAUGCUGAAGGCUGGUGUAAAAGACACAGAAAACCGGGUGGCCCUCCACGCUCUGACUCGUCCGCCAGCCCUUCUCCUCCUGGCUGCAGCCAGCAGCGGCUUGCGCUUCGUCCUGGCCUCCUUUGUCCUGGCCCUCCUGCUGCCCGUGUUUCUGGCUGUGGCCGCUGUGAAGCUGGGCCUGCGAGCUCGGUGGGGUUCUCUGCCUCCGCCCGGCGGCCUGGGGGGGCCCUGGGUGGCUGUCCGGGGCUCAGGCGAUGUGUGUGGAGUCCUGGCUCUGGCCCCUGGUGCCAACGUGGGGGACGGAGCCCGAGUCACCCGCCUCUCGGUCUCUCGAUGGCAUCGUCGCAGGGGCGUGGGCAGGAGGCUGCUGGCCUUUGCUGAAUCCCGGGCUCGAGCCUGGGCUGGGAGUAUGGGGGAACCUCGGGCCCGGCUCGUGGUCCCAGUAGCUGUAGCUGCUUGGGGCGUGUCAGGGUUACUGGAGGCCUGUGGCUACCAGGCAGAGGGAGGCUGGGGCUGCAUGGGCUAUAUGCUGGUGAGAGAAUUCGGCAAAGAUCUGUGAUUAUAGACUAUUCCCACUCGGGGGAUGGGUGGAGAACCAGCACCUAGAGAGCACCUACUGUGUGCCAGGCACUUUCCAUCCCCUCCCUCAGUGUCUACCCCGUCUGCUGGGCUGACAGUGAGCACUGAGGUUGAUGGACUCACAUGCCCACAGUGGACCUGCCAGGUGCAGUGGGGACUCGUCUUGGUCCUCUGGGACCACUAGAGGUCACCCUGUCCACUGCUUGCCUCCUAGUCUGUAUGCACUGGAAAAAACAAAACAAAACAAAUAAACAAAACCCUCUCUGGUUCUGGUUCUACAAAGCCCCUACUGUGUGUGUUGUAGGUCUGGAAGGGAUAUUUGGGGAGAAAGAGUUAGAGUCUAUGACAGUGUACCCCCAAAGUGGGCAGAUCUUUCAGGAGUGGGUGGGGCUGGGAGCACAGUCUCCAAGCCCAUCUGUUUUUUUACAGUUUGUUAAUAAAGCCCGAGACUUCUGUG